UUUACUUUGUAGUUGGCCAUCAUGAAGUACAGUACAGUGGCAUUUAAAAUAACCCAGACUCUAGUCUUGGACUUAGAUGAGCUGACUUGCCUAGACAGCAGCUGUUGGAUGUCACAGUAUGAUGAGUUCACAAUGAACGUUCUAUGACACGCUGCUGACAUGUACUUAGAUAUGUUCAUGCCUCAGUGCAGAGUGCCAGUAUACUCUGAGGUUUGACUCAUUGUAAACGUUUAUAAAUACAACGAUAAUUGUUUGGAGUUCGUAAAAUGGGGAACUGCUGUAACAGUCCAGUUGAACCGGAAUAUCCAACUGUCACACCUUCCCCAACCGAUGUACAAAAGUUCCCGAAUUCCUUAGUGAAGGUGGAACCUGGAAUACACAGACACGAUUCCAAUGUCUUGGAAGAGAACCAUCAACAGCACAUGGUUGCUCCUGAGAAUGCUGAAAUACUGCAAGUCCAGGCAGACACUUCUGUAGAUGUAUCAGAAAGUGAAGCAGAAGUGUACCCUGAAACUUCUACCAGUGCCAAUUCACCACACAGCAAUCAAAACCUACCAACGAAGACGGUGAAGGUGAAGUCUAAGAAACGCAGACGUGUUUCCAAAAUUCAAAGGAGACUGCUUUGGAGAGGGAAUGUUUCUUCAACGGAUGUUGAAGUACCUCAAGUCCAGCGUGGCACUUGUGCACAUAUGACACCAACUGAAGCAGAAGUAUACCCUGAAACUUCUACCAGUGCCAAUUCACCACACAGCAAUCAAAACCUACCAACGAGGACGGUGAAGGCGACAUCUAAAAAGCCCAGAUGUGUUUCCAAAAUUCAAAGGAGAUUAUUUAGGAGAACCACUAUUUCUCCAAUGGAUGUUGAAGUACCUCAAGUCCAGCGUGGCACAGCUGUAGCUAUAGAACUAAGUGAAACAGAAGUAUACCCUGAAACUUCUACCAGUGCCAAAUCACCACGCAUGAAACAAAAACUACCAAAGCGGCUGGUGAAGAUGAUGACUAAGAAAAACAGACGUGUUUCCAAAUUUAAAAGGAAACUCUUUAGGAGAGGCAAUGCUUUUCCAAAGGAUGUUGAAGUGCCUCAAGUCCAGCGUGGCACUUUACCACCAACUGAACCAGAAGUGUCCCAUGAACCUCCUGAUAAUACAGUUUCACCAGUAAACCAGCAAAAGUCAACCGUGAGCAUGGUCGAGGUACUAUUUAAUAAAUGCAGAUGUGUGUCACCUGAAGAGACACAAGUGAAGGUGGAGAAGGUGGAGAGUAGAAGUUUUAAUUGUUUUACUUCAAUCUUUAAAAGAUUUUAUAAGAAGUCUGUCAUCCCUGAAGUUAUUGAAGAACCUCCAGCUGCUCCAGCUGCUCCAGCUGCUCCAGCUGCUCCAGCUGCUCCAGCUGCUCCAGCUGCUCCAGCUGAUGUUGUGCAUACAUCUGAAGAAAUACUACAAACCCAAAGGAAAGGUGCAGAUAUCCAUAGCUUCAGCUCUCCCUCCCCUAGCCUCAGAUUGGGAGACACGGUAGAUGAAUUACAGAGAUACCAGAAGCCAGUAGUGGCUGCUAUCCAAGGUGUGGCUCUUGGAGGAGGACUAGAGCUGGCCCUGGGCUGUCACUAUCGGAUUGCCAAUACAGAGGCUCGUGUUGGCUUUCCAGAAGUCACACUGGGAAUUCUUCCUGGUGCCAGAGGAACCCAGCUUCUCCCCAGACUCAUUGGAGUUCCUAUUGCUCUCGACUUAAUUACCUCAGGAAGACAUAUUCCAGCAGGUGAAGCGCUCAAGCUUGGCAUUCUGGAUGCAGUUGUGAAGUCAGACCCAGUUGAAGAAGCAAUCAAAUUUGCUCAGAAGAUUAUAGAUAAACCUCUAGAACCCCGCAGACUCAUAAACAAGCCAGUCCCAAGCUUGCCCAACAUGGACGGUAUUUUCGCGGAAGCCAUUGCCAAGGUACAAAAGCAGUUCCCUGGCCACCUGGCUCCAGAGACUUGUGUCCGUUCAGCCCACGCCUCCGUGAAGUACCCCUAUGAAGUGGGCAUUAAGGAAGAAGAAAAGCUGUUUAUGUACCUUCGGGCAUCAGGACAGGCCCGAGCCCUGCAGUAUGCCUUUUUCGCUGAAAAGUCUGCAAAUAAGUGGUCAACUCCCUCAGGAGCCUCUUGGAAAACAGCGUCUGCGCAACCAGUGUCCUCGGUUGGCGUUCUUGGCUUGGGAACAAUGGGCCAACGCAUUGCCAUUUCUUUUCUAAGGGCUGGGAUCCCCGUGGUCGCUGUAGAGUUGGACUCAAAGCAGCUAGAUCUUGCAAAAAAGAUGAUAACUGCCAUCUUGGAAAAAGAAGCAUCCAAAAUGCAGCAGAGUGGCCGGGCUCCAGCAAGACCCAAACUUAGGUUCUCCUCAUCCACAAAGGAGCUUUCAAGUGUGGAUUUAGUGGUUGAAGCAGUGUUUGAAGAUAUGAACCUGAAGAAGCAGGUCUUUGCUGAACUGUCUGCUCUGUGCAAGCCAGGAACCUUUCUGUGCACCAAUACUUCAGCCCUGGAUGUGGAUGAGAUUGCAUCUUCCACGAAUUGCCCUCAGCUGGUGAUUGGCACCCACUUCUUCUCCCCAGCUCAUAUCAUGAAGUUAUUAGAGGUUAUUCCAAGCCGAUACUCUUCCCCCACUACCAUGGCCACUGUUAUGACCUUAUCAAAAAAGAUUGGAAAGAUUGGAGUCGUUGUAGGCAACUGCUAUGGAUUUGUCGGGAAUCGAAUGCUGAGUCCCUAUUACAACCAGACAUAUUUCUUGUUGGAGGAAGGCAGUAAGCCAGAGGAUGUAGAUGGGGUCUUAAAAGAGUUUGGUUUUAAAAUGGGACCCUUUAGAGUGUCUGACCUGACAGGACUAGAUGUGGGUUGGAAAGUUCGCAAACGGCAAGGCCUUAUUGGACCUUCCUUGCCACCAGGAACUCCUGCCCGUAAGCGGGGCAAUAGCAGAUACUCCGCACUUGCUGACAUGCUCUGUGAAUCCGGGCAAUUAGGUCAGAAGACCGGUAAGGGUUGGUAUCAGUAUGACAAACCACUGGGUCGGAUUCACAAACCCGAUCCCUGGCUUUCCUAGUUCCUGUCACAGUAUAGAGCAACCCAUCACAUUGAACCGCGCUCCAUCAGCAAGGAUGAGAUCCUGGAGCGCUGCUUGUAUUCCCUUAUCAAUGAGGCAUUCCGCAUCUUGGGGGAGGGGAUGGCUGCUAGCCCAGAGCACAUUGACGUCAUCUACUUGCAUGGGUACGGGUGGCCAAGGCACACGGGCGGGCCCAUGUUCUAUGCUGCCUCAGUUGGGUUGCCCACAGUUCUAGAGAAAUUGCAGAAAUAUUACAAACAGAACCCUGAUAUCCCCCAACUGGAGCCCAGUGACUACCUGCGAAAGCUGGUUGCCCAGGGAAACCCUCCCCUGAAAGAAUGGCAAAGUUUGGCAGGACCUCACACCAGUAAACUGUGAUUUAGGCUUCUGCAUCUUGCCACACAUGUUGGCAUCUAAUCUCUAAAAUUUGCUCUGAGGUACAGAUGAUGAUGAUGAUGAUGAUGAUGAUGAUGAUGAUGAUGAUGACUGGUCAGCAAAAGCUUCUCUCUAUCUUUCUACCUCAUGAUUCUAUUGGUCAGAUUUUAGGAAUGCGUUUCCUAUGCCUCUGAAUGUAUUUCUAUCAGAAAAAUUCAGUGAAUAUGUACUUACACUACCAAAAGAGUUCUCUUUUGACUUUUUGCCUUGUAUAACAAAAAUUUGUACAAAAUGCUGAUAGUAGAGCUAUUCAUAAUAACCCCAAAUUGACAACCCAGAUGUGCCUAGCAAAUCAACAAGAAGUGGCAUAUACAUGAAAUUGACAAUUUUCAGCCAUGUGAAAUAAUGGACAAAUGUUGUAACACGAUGCUGAGUUAGGGCACUGCCCUGAGUAAGAGGAGGCAGGCAGAAAAGGCCACACAUAAUUUGGAUAUAGAUAUGAAAUUCCAGAAUAUACAGAUCCGUGGACAGACAGUAGAUGAGUGGUCCAAGACUGUAAUUGUUAGAAGUUAAAAUUACUGCUGAUGGAUACAGAAUAUCUUUGGGGGGUGAUAAAUUUUUCUAAAAUUACUCUAGUGGUGGUUCUGUAGUGCUACAAAUAUACCCAAACACACUAAGUUGA